GUACCACUUAUCUGUAGCUAUGUUAAAUUGAUUGUCCUCAAAUUUUCCAACAGAAUUGAUUGUCUUCAAAGUUAAUUUGACACUUAUCUGUAUUUAGCACCACUUAACUGUGUUUGGAUGAAUGCCAGUACAUUGCGUUACCAUACAAGGAGGCUGACAAGGAGGCUGGUUGUUCCGCUACAGAUUUCACCAGAAGGAUAAAUAUCGAUUCUCGGUUUAACACUGAUGAUUUGUAAAUUAUCAGGGGACGUGAGGAUCUGUUGGAGACAUUGCUCAAACAACAGCGGCUCUCUUCCACUCACACCGUCUGGACGAUCAAGUUUGAAAUCUGUGGAUCAAAACACCACGCACUCUCGGAAUUCCUGCCCGGAGAAGGACCUCAGCUCAGCUAUGCAUCAUCGAUUGUCUUGCAUUCCUGCCAGAAGAGGAUUUGCCGCCAUCUCUUUCUUUUCCGAGGAUCACCAAAAAGUUUGUUCUUCUCUGAACAAGAGCAGGGCUGGUUUCCCUCUUUUGAGGUGUUCAUCAAUGGCGAAUGGUUUAAUCUGCAUGAACCUUCAACUUUCAGCUAUUACUUUCAAAGUGGAGAUGACCCUCACAAUCCAAGUCCUUACAACUUCUCUCAUGUAAACAUUUGUACUUGUUCUUUUCCAUUGUUUUUGGUACAGAUUUGUGGUGGAGAUAGUUUCUAAUCAUUUCACUGUGUUUCGCUCAAGUUUUGCAUUUAAACAUAUCACAUUGAAUUAUUCGUUAAGCGGGAUUUAUGAAAAAACGAU